AUGGAUGAAGAAUUGAUGCUUUUCGAAAAUUUGGUCGAAAAUAUAGAGCGAAUCAUAGGCAAUCUAGAUGUAUUCGUUGGAGUCCAAAGAUUUGCGAAUGAGCCGGAAAGUUUGUAUGAGAUGGCAAAGAUUACGAGAAAAACACUAAAAAAUACGGAACAAACUUUGGAAAUCGCGAUAAAAAGGGAGAAAAUCGUCGAAAAUCGCUAUAAAAAUAAAGAGAAUUUCGAAACGAAGCUUGCGGAAGCGAGAGCUAGAACCGCCUGUGCCCAGAAAUUAGUCACAUUGACGAACGAAUUUAUGGGAACUUUACAGGACAUUGCAGACGUUCUUGAGAUUGAUAUUGAGGACACAUGGCGCCGAAGCGUCCUCCGCCAGUUCCAUCAAACCAUUGAUUGGUUCAACGCACCGCCCGAUUUCGAGCCAGUUCCAGAGAAUUCCAUUUGGUUUUUCAACAUCUUAUUGGCUACUCUCGUAUUCUAUAUGUACUUUACCAUUUGA